CGGCUAAUCAUGUCCGCAUAGGUGCCACCUUACAAGGCCGCAUCUCAAACACCUCACAGUAGACUAUUAAGUAGCCAAAAUAGCACACGGGUAGGAAGAGGACGCAGCGCGUGAACCACGAUAAAUGCUCUAUUUAGUCCUGUAGUAGUCACUGUGCUUUAGGACAGAGCCGACUGUUGCGCAGGUGUGUUUUUCCACGCUGCUCGAGGAACUUUGCACGCGCUGAUAUUCCUGUUUUACUCGUACUCGAGCGCGUGCGGGUUUCAGUCUUGAACGCGGCAGUAUGGGGAAUUCUGGCGCGUUGCCAUGGAGCAGGUGGUGGUUGUGGUGCGGUCAGGAUUUCAUGAUGUAAAGAGAAACUUCCUGAAAUGCGAUGACUCCUCUUUGGCUGUGUCGAGAAGAGUCACAAAGCAAAACGCUUGAGGAAUUGAACGAAACUGAAAAUAAACACCUCGGGAUUAGGACCGAAUGAUUUAACAGCUGGACAGAAAUGCUGAUAUUUGUUUUUGUGCUGUGUGGCUUCACUUUUUGUGGACUCUGUGUGUGUGAGACGGAUAUAGAGAGCACCAAGAAGGUAGAGGACAGAAAUGCAGUGUUUAUGGAAGAGUGGGAGGCCAAUACGAUUUUAGGACGCCACCUACUGUACAACCGAUUCGACUUUGAAAUCUUCACCCCAGGGAAUUUAGAGAGAGAGUGUAUCGAGGAAGUGUGCAACUACGAGGAAGCACGUGAAGUUUUUGAAAAUAUUCCAGACACAGAUGCUUUCUGGAAAAAGUAUACAGGGGCUCAGGAUGAGGGGCAGAAAAUUGAUGUGACUGCUCUGUUGGUGGGCCUCAUCGCUGGUGGAGUGGCCAUCAUCAUAGUGGGUCUCGUGAUCUGGUAUUCCUGCCAGAACAAUUGCAAAACCAAGCCCGUCAGGACUCGCUCAAGACGCAGUAAUGCCUCUGUGAUCAUUAGAAGGCUAGAGGAGGUGUCUCUGCAUCCCAUCCCUGCUCCUCCUUUAUCAGAUGAAGUAGAAACACAUGGUCUCCCCUCAUAUGAGCAGGCCAUAGCUGUAUCUGGACCACACGAUGCUCCACCACCACCAUAUCCUGGGUCAAGACCAGGCACCAUUCGACGAUAACCCAAACCUCUCAUUUAAAAAAAAAAAAACUGGAUUGGGAGUUUCUUAAUUUAAACUAGAAACUGUAAUGUGUUGUAAACUGUUUUAUUUUAGAAUCACACACAGAAUUGGCUUGGUUAUUAAUAAUAAUGUACUGGGCUUACACUCAUUAUGAAGAUGCCAUAUAUGUGCUUGAUUUAUCUAAUAUUUUAAAUGCUUCAUUGCUUCUCCAUUUUGCAGCACUGUAUGAGUAGCUAGUUGACCAGGUCAUUUCACUUUUUGCUUGUGAAUGAAGCACACUAAGAUUAUGCUAAAUGCAAAUGGCCUAUAAUGCAGUUGAUUCUAUGCAUCUUUUGAGGGUUUUUGAUGAAGGAAAAUGGUGAAAUAUUUUUGUGAAGAAAAACAUGAAGACUUCAUAUAGACCUCAGUUGUUUCCCAUUAACACUGACCUACCACCCAAAACCAGCUUUACCUCGUUUACUUCUCUUCAUGAUACUUGUUGAUAUACUGAUAAAUAAUGACCAAUUAUUUAUUUCUUAAUUGCAUCUCAGUAUUUUGUUCAUCUUUUGUCCUGUCUGUAAAUGUGAAAUGAAGCCACACAAAUCGGAGCACUGUUCUGUAAACCGAGAUUAAUGUAGCCCCCCUGAUAAAAAUUACGUGGUUUAGGGUAAAUAAGAUGGUCAACACGAGGUCUCCCCCCCCCCCCCUUCCUUUUAAUGUUUUGAUGAUUUAUGUAUGUUUGCCAAAGCAGAUAGAGCUAAUAUAUGUUCAAUACAAAGUUAAUUAAUUUAAAAAAAACAUGAAAAUAAAUUUUUUCUUGUACACCAA